AAGAGAUCAUAAGAUGAAUAGAAAGUUCAUCGACUGACAUAAUUUUCAUUUUCCAAAAUUACUACUAAAUACGGAAGUUAGACAUGGAUGUACCGAUUAUGAAACGAGUUUAAUCUACACACUUCAAUUAUUGAUAUUUUUGAUAAUUCAUUUCUGUAGUUGACUUUGAUAACUCGUAUGGCGGACAAAAAUAGCAAUACAUUUCUAUUCCAUGCUCAGCUUUGCGGUAGUAGAAGAUUCGAUCUGAUUAUAAAAUGGCCGACUCAUCUAACCGUAGACGUGUUGUAUAUGUUGAUUGUUGACAAAUCAUCAGGAGGAAGCGUGACAAUUUUCUUAAAUCCAUCAGAAAAGAAAUUCUGUUCUUCACUUGAAUUUUCUCCUGAGUCAUCAAAGUACGAUAUUUGUAUCUACGGCCUUACAGUAAAAGAGACCGAUGAUGGAAGGUUUUAUCAACUGUGUAGUCAUUCGAAGAGGAAAUUAGAAGACUUGCAAGUUGCAGAUACAGAGAUCUCUAAUGUUACAAUGAGCUUUGAAAUGAAAGAAACUAGAGUAGUCGAAUUGCCUAUGAAACGCAAUAUAAAGAAGCCAAUGAAUGUGACAGUUCUACGUUGUCCACCAGCUACCUAUUCGAUAUACCAGUCAGACAGCCAAUCUAGCGAGGGUUUCACACAUGUAUUAUUCUUAAAGCAACCGAAUCAAACUUUUGUUUUUAUACUGAAUUCAUUUAAAUUAACAUUUUUAUUGCCACUAACUUUGGAAUCAGGGACAUGGACUGAAAUUCAGAUGAUGCGUUUGUCUCAGCAGAAAUGUAGGACGAAUAAGCACAUGAUAGCCGCAACAGUUAACCACAGCCACGUGAUAUCUUUUAAAACAUAUUUAUCGUUAGAUGAUUACAAGCAGUUAUAUAUAUUAGCUCUAGGAUACCUAUUUAGUAAGACUUCAAGUGCACAACAAUGUAAACCGAUAGAAUUUUUCUAUAGGAAUAAAAGCGAACAAUAUUAUAAGGACAUUUUGAAAUCUGCAUCGGGAGAAAUGAUACCUUAUAUUAAAGACAAUAAUGGCGACCAAGGCUCUAUUAUUAAUGGUGCUAUUAACGGUCUGUUUUAUAGUACCUUGUUGAGUUCAAGUUCUAAACCACCUCCUAUAUCAUUUUAUGGACCUGUUCGACUUCAUCUAAAGGCAAACAUUAUGUUCUCUGAGAAUUGUAAUAUAUAUUUCUCGGAUUUCUAUUGCCACUAUCAACAGCAUUAUGUAACAAUUGUGUUGACACAUAAAGGAUCUCAAGAAGACAUUUUCUGUAAUCAGUUUUUACUACAGAUGGAUAAAUUUAACAAUCCGUUUAUGAAAAUUACUAGAAAUAUAAAUGGACUAAAUGUUGUCAUGGCUACAAUGGCUGUUGUAGUAGAGGUGUUUUAUACAGAGAUCGUUAAUGUUCGAUCUUUGCUACAGUGGGGACAUGGUUAUAUAAGUAAAACAGUCUUGAUGGGGCGUGGUAGAAGUAAACCGGAAGGAAUUCCAAAGAAUGAAAAUUGUGACAAAUGUAAUUUAUCUUAUAAGAAAUGAUUCCGAAAUGUUUGACGUUUUCAUAUUUGUAAGACAUGCGAUUUAGAUAUACGUCUGCAGCUAACCUCAUUUUAAAUAGGAAUACAUAUAUAUGCUGUGUUUUUUUUCUAAGGUACAAAAUGAAAUAUCCAGCUGUAAGAAAGAUUCUCAGUGAAAUUGUUGUAGACAGCUAUUGUUGUUUUCCCGAGUUUUUAAAAUCAUAUCAAACACUUUGAUAUAGCUUUCAUUGACAUUAAAAACAGUCAGUCGGUGACAUAAAUGAACUUUAUUGAACAACUACAAAGCAAAACUCAAUUGGUCGAUACACAUUGUAAAUUAUAGAGAAGUCUUUUUGUAAUUGGAAAUACAAUAUUCAUUGUUUCUGAAUUACAUGCAUCAAAACUAUCAUUGCAAGCCAAUUUGUAUCUUUCAAUGGUCUUCAAAAACUACAACAAUUACAUCUUGAUAUGAGAUUUUGCCAUGCAAUUGCUACCAAAUUCAGAAGAAGAAAAAAAGUUUGAGAUUGUUUGUGAGUCAGAUUCUUAAUUUUUUAAACAGUAAAUAUCUUUAUAUUUGAGAAACAGAAAAAAAUCUUGUUCCACAAGAACAGGUAAUACUUAAAUAUACAGUAAUUUUAACCAUACUAUGAAAUCAAAAUGUAAUCAAACAAUGAUAAAUAUAAAAUAAAAUAUACAUCACAUUUUAAGAUAUAUACAUGAUAAAACAAAAUAGAACAAAAUACACACAACUUUUAUCUAAACAACUGUACCCGUCUUACUCUUUUUACACAACGAGCAUGCAAAAAUAACAGCAGCAAUCUAAAAUAAAGAACAGCGGUCAAAUAAAUUAAAUUUAUUUAUUGGUUUAGAUCAAAAUACAGGACCGUCACAAAGCCAUCUAAAUUUUGAUACCAGAAAAUAUGUGUCAUUCCAAAGUAUGUGUAU